AUGAGUCCACUGGCAAAGUGGCAUAGGUCCAAACCAGGCUUGACCGAACGGUUUGAGUUGUUCAUCAACAAGCAUGAAUUUCAUCCCUUGUGUUUUGCUAUAUUGGAUAAUUCUUGGUUAUCUUAUGUUCUCUUGGCAGCUAUGCAAUGCGUACACGGAGUUGAAAGAUCCUGUUGUGCAACACCAGUGUUUUUCUUACAGCUCAAGGAUCGACAAUCGGGUGAUGAUGAAGCUAUGGCCUUAGACGAAACAUUUUGUACUGCUCUUGAGCAUGGUUUACCUCCAACUGGCGGCUGGGGAUUGGCAAUGAAACCCCAAGAUGAGCCUUCGAACAAAGAAGGCUAUUGUUAUUAUGAUAAAGUUGACAUUAACUUUGUUUUCUUCAGCAACAAGAAAACACAGGAUGCUCCCUCUCAAGAGCUUGAGAAGUUAUCAUUGUCGUAA